AUGGCCAAGGACAGCAAGGGCAAAGCUGCGGUUCGCAGCGGUGGCGCAGAUUCUGCGCACACCGACUCGCCUUCGCGCAACACACAAUCCAAGCGCAAGCGAACUGCGCCCUCGACAUCGACCUCGAACGGCGCCUCGUCAUCCAAACCCAAACCGCAACAUGCGCACAAGAAGCCGCGAAACGACAAACCGCAGGCGUCGGCAUCUUCUGGGCUUCCAGGCGCAUCCAAGCUGAAGAGCUCGAUCCGACAGACCAAGCGGCUGCUGGCCAAGCCCAACCUGGCGCCGGGCACCAAGAUCGAGGCGGAGCGGCGGCUGCGUGCGCUCGAGGCGGAUCUGGAGAUGCAGUCGCGCCGGCAGGUGGAAAAGUCGCGCGCAUCGCGCUACCACCGCAUCAAGUUUGUCGAGCGCCAGAAACUGGUGCGUCGCAUCGCGCGGUGCAAGCGCAACCUCGACGCGCUCGAGAGCGGCGCCUCGCUGCCGGACGACUCAGAUUCCGACUCGGACGCAGAGGACCAGGCACGAGUCAAGAAGCAGGCGUCCAAGAUGUCCAAAUCGGACCUCGUCGAUUCGCUCGAGCAGCUCAGGGAGCUGCUUCACUAUGUGGUCCAGUAUCCGCCCGAUCUGCGUUAUGUGGCGCUGUUUUCCAAUGCCGACUCGGGCCCCGUGCCGCCCAAUGCGAACGAGGACGACAAGAGCCGACAGAAGGCGUACGCCCACCUCGAGACGGUACGCAAGGCGAUCCAGUCGCAGCAGCUCAGCAGCGAGCCCGAGGUAGAGCUGGCAUCCAAGGAUGGUCCGAGGUCCAAACUCGUCCGUGCCACCGCACAGGCUGGUGCGUCGGCGUCCACUUCGCGUGAGCAGGCGCCAAAAGUCAAGUCCAAGUCCAAGUCCAAAUCGAAAUCCAAGCCGGAGCAAGCGGUUGCAGACGACGAGAGCGCCGACGAGCAGGCGGAAGGUGUCAAGGGCGACGACUUUUUCGCCAACUCGGACGACGAAGAGUAG